UCCCUCCUGGCAGCUCCAGUCCUCUGCCCCUCCUAUUGCUCCCCUGCUUGUUUCAAAUGGAUCCAUAUAUUCUCAAGUCAGGCUGUUGCUCCUGAUUACCAGAGCCUGUCGAUGCGUUUCGCCUUGUGAAUUUUCUGCUUCAAUCUUCUCUGAGGUCCUUUUGCUUCAGCUUUGCUCCUUAUUCAGGAAACUGGAAUGUACCAGAACCACACCAAAGACACAAACAACAACUGCAGCAAAAGCCUUCUCUGUGAGAACAAGGCCAAGCUUGUUCAGGCUAUUAAAAGAAUCAAACAUGAGGUAGACGAAUGCAGAGAAGCAGAGAGAGACACUUACACAGACUCGGUGGAAAUAGAGAACAGGUUUGAUGAACUAGAACGAGAAAUCAGAGCCGAGUUUCAGAACCUCCAUCGCUUCCUGGAAGAGGAAGAGGACCAGGACCUGGAAAGACUGAAGCGAGAGAGACAGAAACUGCUGAAGCAGCUGAAGGAGAGAGAGAAGAAGAUAGAUGCACAAGGAAGGGACCUGGAGAGAGCAAUAACGGUGCUGAACAGCAAGUUGGCCGAGGAGGAUAGUCCUAAACUGUUCAAAGAAAUCCAAGAUCUUGUAAAAAGGUCUCAGGUCCACUUCAUUCGUCCUGCAGAGGUGGACACAGAGGUCCACUCAGGUUGGUUUGUGGGUCCCAUCCAAUACAGGAUAUGGAAACACAUGAAAAGCUGCCUCUACCCAAAUAUUACAUCGGUGAAGUUUGACCCGGAUACUGCCCACCCUAAUCUAUGCCUGUCUGAGUCCUGCACGUCCGUUUGGUUCGAUGAAGAGAAAGACACUUCAGAGGUCCAGGCCAACCCACGUCGGUUCCACUAUUACUACUGUGUCCUGGGCCACCAGGGCUUCAGCACCGGCCGACACUACUGGGAAGUGGAGGUGGGCUACAAGACGGCGUGGAGGCUGGGCGUGGCGCGGGAGGAUGUUCCCAGAGGAGAGAUGACGGCGACCGGAACCUCAAUCGGCCUCUGGACUUUGGCCUUCAAGGGCGGAUCUGUCCUGGCCUGCACGGAUCCGAAACCCACCAAGAUCAACGUGUCCGCCCAGCUGGUCCGCAUCGGCGUCUUCUUGGACUGUGAGGGUGAGGAGGUGACUUUCUACAAUGCUGUUACCAUGGCGCCCAUUUAUACUUUCUCCAUGGGAGCCGUCAUGGCUCCCCUGCUUCCCUUCUUCAACCCGUGUGACACAGACGAAGGAAAGAACAUGGCGCCAAUCACAAUCUUUAACCCCUCGCUUUAGGACCUGAGCGGCUGGAUUGAUGGACAAGCUGAAUCCUAGAAGAAUCAUUUAAAUGUAAUUUAUUUCUCAGUUUGCUUGAUGCCAAACAGGUUCUGGUUUCUUGUCUCGUUUUCAUUGCCAACAGCCUAAAUUUAUUUAAAAGGGCAGCAUUCUGUGUUCUCCAGCCAUUUACUCGGCUGAAUAUUUACCACAGGAGAUUAAAGGAUUUCUCAAACAUGCAUGAAAGAAUAAAAACAACACUCUAGGUGUGUUUUUGAUAAGGGAAUAUUGCAACAUGGUGUGAAGGUCAAAUAAGUCAGUUGUACAUAACACUGCCCCUUUAAUUUAAAACAGGAACAAACGAAAUGUAAUUUAUUACUAAUAAUUAUCGUAACCAGAAGAAUUUAAUUUCCAGACUGAUUGUUUGCUAUAAUGCAGAAUAAGCAGCCAAGUUACACAAUGUCUGCAUUUAUUAAAAUGAUUUUAAGACUGGU